GAGGCUACUCCAUCGGCUACAGUGAAGACGGUAUGAACUGGACACAUUACGACAACGGCAACCAGUUGGCCGGCAACACAGAUUUCAACAAAGUGGUACUUAAUACCUUUAAGUACCCUUUCUUGGCUCAGCAUGUUCGCUUGUAUCCCAACACCUCGACCUGCCACAACAACUGCAGUCUACGCAUGGAGAUGUAUGGGUGCAAGUACAGUUCCUUUGACCAUGGCGACUAUUACGUUGGGUGUAUCGUUGAGACGAUGGACCCAAACCUAAGUCCUGUCAUGGAACGGGUUAUAUCAACAAACUGUGGAACACCUGCCGCCUGUGUCGACUUAUGCAGAGACAAUGGGUAUCUUUAUGCUGGUCUGAGUGGAGACAACUGCUCCUGUUCCAACAGCGUGGACAAAUACGGUCGUUCUUCGCACUCGUACUGUCACAUAACGUGCUCUGGCGAUUCCAGCGCCUUUUGUGGAGGGCACUACCGUUAUUCUGUAUGGAGGACGUGGGAUGUACGUUGCCCCGCAGUGCCAUUAGUGGGCAAUGCCUCGGCCUCCACCUCAAACAGGGAGCACAAUGUCAAGGUCACGUACAGUUGCCUGCCAGGCUUUCACUGGCCAUCGGGAACUCUGGAGGAACACAAAUCAAUCACCUGUCAAGUCAAUAACUGGACAGCCACACCCCCUGCUUGUGAAGUCGCACAGUGUACUGGGAACCCGCAGACUGUCUCCAACGCCACCUUGACGCAGUCUGGCAACAGCUACCUAGAUGUCGCCACAUACACGUGUAUAGAGAACCACGCCUUCCAGGAUGGAACGACAACGAAGCAGGCGUCUUGCUUGAGUAACGGGCAGUGGGAUAACAGCGUCCCAUCUGCCUGCAUUCGCCCCCAGUGCCCGGCGGUGUCCAGCAGCCUUUCUUACACCACGGCCAACUCGAGUGACCACGAGGCGGGGGCGGCGGUGAGGUACGAGUGCUCUCCAAAUUCCACAUUCAGUGAUGGGAGCUCGGAGAGGACACGUCGUUGCCUCGUGUCCGGACACUGGGACAGUACGGAGGAGGCGUGUGGUAAGGGUCACUGUGAGUUGACACCGCACCAGUAUGGUGGGUGGGCUAAGGUGUGUAAUUAAAUUUAACUUAUCAACACGAUGAUUAUAAUGAAUCAUUUGAGGAAUUCAGUUCCUCAUCAUUAAAUAACUUAACAAGGCUGAUGGCUACGACAAAAAAGGUAGGUAAAUUUUCCAAAUCCAUAGAGCUAAACUAUUUGCCUGAAAAUUCUGUCAUUUUUAUUCUUUCAUUAUUCUUUGUCUUAUUUUACGGUUUAAGUUGUUCUUACUGCUUUCCGGUGUUUCGUUGUAUUUGGGAUGAGAGAGACAGAGAGAGAGGGAGAUGUGAAGAGACAUAGAGGGAGAGGAAGAGAUAGAGAGGAGGAGAGGGAGAAAGAGAGCAUUUACUUUGAUUGAGCAGUGUUGUGCGUCAGAAAAUGUGGUCGUUUCAUAGCUGGAUCCAGCUUAAAAGAAAACAACAGGAAAUGUAACCUGUUCGGGUUUCUGGGUAACAUGAUCUUACAGGCAGAAAUUUGGGGGAAUAUUUCCCAAUUUGCUGAGUAUUAAGUCCCAUUGAAAGUCAAACUCCUUGAACUUCCUCGAAGAGGAAGUAUCAGUUGCCCAAGCAGAGUUGGGUGAAACUGCGAGUGCUACUGCUACUGCAAGACCCGAUGAUAAACUGAUGAUAAACUGAAGACAUCUGCAUACAGGAAAAGGGAGCUUUCAAGGGUAAGUAAAACAGCCGUUCAUAUCAGUACAUAUAUUGUUAAGAAAUAAGAGACAUGACGAGUAGCAAAAUAAUUAUACGCUUUACAUGUACACACUACGGUUUGAGCGAGCCUGUAAACAGUCCCCGUCCCCUAACAUUUAUAACUUGCCCAUGGCAGUGCUAAUAAUGAUAUUGUCUCUUAAUUUGAAACAUUUGAACAGAUAAACAUUUUACUUAAAAUAUCGUAUUCUUAUUUUUUAUAUUUUCAAAUGUUGCAAUAGAAUGAAAUGGAGCUGUCCAUUUCCCAGGUUCAGAGCAAAGAAACCAUACAAGCUAUAUGACUGAUGUUCAAUAGAAAGGAUCUGGAGAAGAUCAUAUGGAAUGUACAGAUUUGUUAUAUACCUUUGGACUGCUGCUUAUGAGAGCAUUUGUACUUUGUUGUGAAGAGUGGUUACAGAUAUAAAAGAAAAUCAGCCUAGGAGAAAAAACUUCCUGUUUGGAAGACUUCCAUUCAGUUGUAAACCAUUUUACACCUACAAUGUACAGGUUUUCAUAUGGAGUGCACAGCAGGUUGCUUUUAGCAGAAUGCAACAUAAUUGGAAUGGACAAAGAGAUCCGGACUUUACCAAGGAUGGAGACCAGCUAAAUUCAAAAAGGACAACUACACUGUCCAAGAUAUGCCUGUGUUUUGCAUAUUAGCAGUAGGACGUGUUCACCAACUGCUCAGUUCCCUGAUGUCGUCUUAAGUAGGACACCAUUGAUGCCGCAGCACUAGGGAAUCCCCCCCCUCCAUUGUGUGCACAGUACAAAAGACCAAGAAUU